GUACCAGCCGCUUUUCUCACGUUCCGGGGUCCGCGCGCCGAGUGCGCCGCCGGGACGAUGGCCUGCGCGUCGGCGCGCUCCCCGGCCGACCAGGACAGGUUCAUUUGCAUCUAUCCUGCUUACUUAAAUAACAAGAAGACCAUCGCGGAAGGGAGGCGAAUCCCCAUAAGUAAGGCUGUUGAAAAUCCCACAGCUACAGAGAUUCAAGAUGUAUGCUCAGCAGUUGGACUUAAUGUAUUUCUUGAGAAAAAUAAAAUGUAUUCCAGAGAAUGGAAUCGUGAUGUUCAAUACAGGGGCAGAGUCCGGGUCCAGCUCAAGCAAGAAGAUGGCAGCCUGUGUCUUGUACAGUUUCCAUCACGUAAGUCAGUAAUGUUGUAUGCAGCAGAAAUGAUACCUAAAUUAAAAACAAGGACACAAAAAACAGGAGGUGGUGACCAAACUCUGCAGCAAGGAGAGGGGAGUAAGAAAGGAAAAGGAAAGAAGAAGAAGUGACUGGGUCUGAGUUUCAAGUAUGUGAUACUACUGUAAGAAAUAUGAACAGAGGCAUCUGGAACAAGCAGCUGUUUAUUUCCAUCAUUUUUCUGCACUAUGAACAUUUCUGCCUCCCAACUUCAGCCUCAGAGUUGACAAAGAAAUUUACAUCUAAAGUUUGCAUCUGAUUCUUAUGCUGUGUAAAAGAAAAUGUUAAUUGCCUUCCAUAGAGUUUUUGUGGAAGAAAGAAGCAUAUUUUUAAAUGAACAUGGACUCUACCAUAAGUUACUGUCCUCUAUGUAAACAUAUUUUAGAUCGAUAAGUUUGGUAAGAUUUUAAUUACACAUUUUGUUAACCUUUUAAGUUAAAUAAAAUUCGAAACUGACUUGUAGCUUCUGCUUGUGAACUCAUUAAUGUCAGUAGAGGACAUAAGAAUAAAAUGAGUAGUGCAAGGUUAAGUGUGAAAUUAUAGGAAUUUUUAGAU